AUGGUCGUCGAUUGCAACAAACUUAUUGUGAAGGGGUCUUUUUAUCGGGGAGCAUUGAGGAAUGUAGUCCGAAUCAUACGCAGAUGUCACAGUCAGGAUUUCGGUGACGAACUCGAUCUACCCCACGAGCCUCGUGUGCCUGAGACAGAAGUAAACAAACGGAUAUCGGGUCACGAGAUCAGUUACGCAAAUGCACCCGAUCGAGUGAUGUUUUCCGCAAAUCAGGUUGGUGUAAAUCGACCGGUAGAAGACCGCCAGAAUACCCUUUACUGUAGAUCGCAUUAUGGCGGAACCGUUUUCACCGUAGUCGAUGGACAUGGCGGACAUGCAUGUGCGCAUGCAAUCAAUCUGCUUCACUCGGACUAUGUUGUGGCUGGCAUGCUACCACCGGAGCUGUGUGAACAGGUAUUGUCCGAUUUGCGCGCGAUUGAAGGAACCUCCGCUCCGUUCACCUCGUACGAGCUGUUCGAGCGAUUAUGGUCCAAACCGGAAGCAAUUCCGACCGGAGAAUCGGAACUGGACUUGGAUCUGUCCACUUCCGCUCAGCCUAGUCACCGUGGCCCAUUUCUUGACAAAGCGUUGUUGCGUAUCGUGUUCAGUGGAUGUGUAUCCACAUCAGCUUAUAUCCCUUGUAAUGGCAAAGAAAUGUAUGUAACACAAGUUGGUGAUUGUGGUGCUGUGUUGGGCAAAGCCGACAGUGCUGGUGGCUUUACUCUACCGACAGAUCCGCAUAAUGCGGACAACGAGAUGGACGUGAAUCGACUCCGGUCCAGUCAUCCGACCCACGAAUCUGCUUUCGUGAUCCGAGAUGACCGUCUUUUGGGUGAAUUGAUGCCACUCCGUGCCUUCGGGGAUAUUCGUUUUAAAUGGCCUUCCGAAGAACUGAAGCACGUAGCUCGGUUGCUGGAUCUACCUCCAAACUAUCCUAUUAUGCCUGCCUUUUAUGCGACACCACCUUACCUGUGCUCGACUCCGCAAGUGGUUUGGCGGCCGUUAAUAAAGAAUCGCGACCAUUUUCUGGUCCUCGGUACAGACGGUCUGUGGGACAUGCUUUCGCCAAAGGAAGUAGUCAACGUCGUCGCGCAACACUGGUUUGAUUACAAUGGCGAUCCGUCCGUUUGCGGUCCUGGUGACACGGCUGCUAGUCGUCUGAUUCGGACAGCUCUGGGUGGUGACGAAAUGGACCCAGAACGUAUUUCGGCUCAUAUUUCCAUGCCAGCCACUGUCGCACGCUACUAUCGGGACGAUAUCACUGUGGUGGUAGUCUACCUACCGACAGCCGCGCAUUCAGAACCAAGGAGAUAG